GCACAACCAUUACGGCCAGCACGCGUCGUUUUCCACCCCAGUCCCGUCGUCUGCUCACCAUUCUCUAGCCUAGAAGCGCACAUCGUAACCACCGUCUCCAAACGGACUCAGCCACCUCACAUCUUCGCUCCCUAGGUAACGAAAAGUACUUUGAGUUGACAGGCAUGUUCAUAUACCGUUUUCCAUCUCUUCCCUUCCUCGUAACCUCCUCCCUUGUGUUUCCUACUUUAUCUGGCCGAGGCUGCACGCAGAACUCACGAUCAUAUGGUCAUCGCCUUAUUUGGACCUUAUUUGGCAUUUUCCAAGUUGAUCAAGCACGCUCACGUCGCUUCUUCCUCUCUUACCGCCAUCAUCAACCAUACUUUCGGCUUCAUACGGAUGCAUAUCCGUGUUUUUUGUCGAAAACUAGGAGUUUCCUUGUCCUGAAGGAGUUCUAAGUGACGUUAUUUAACAUCAGUGUAAAACUAUCUCUGUAACAUGCCUUUUGUACAACGC